AUGUCGAGGAAGUUUUUUGACAUUUUUAAGUUAAUGCCAAGUAAAAGUGGCCAUCAAGAAUCAAUUGUAAAUUCAGAUUCCGAUUCACAAACCGAACCAAUGUUAAUUAAAUUGACGCCUAAAGGAAGAAAAAGUGAUCAAAAUGGAGAAAUUUUUGGAAACUACGAGGAAAAGAUUAAAAUUAAUGAGCUGAAAAACAUCAAAACUGAGCCUGAAGGAGAAUUUAAGAUUGAAAUUCCUACAAAACUGCCCAAAUUACAUCAAAGUUCUUUAAUCUUGAAUAAAAAUUCAUCACAUUUUGCAAUUUCUCCUAAAACAGUUGCAAAAUCAACCAAAAGUUCCAAAAAAAUAUCAUCAAAAAUUCAAAAUUCUACAAAAGAACCUAAAAAAUCCUUAAAACAACCGCCAAAAUAUGAAACUAUUCCAAAAUUUUCAAAAUUUUUGUCCGAGAAUAUCAACGAUUGUGUUAUGCUGUUAAAAAGUGUUGUUGGUGUUUUCAGUUUGAUAUCAUCCACAAACGAUGACAUUCAUUUGGUUGAGAAAAUAUUUUGGACAAUUUUUGCAAUUAUUUCAGUCAUUUGUUGCUUACUGCUGAUUGGUAAAAUUCUGGUGAUCGUUCGGGAGGAUCCAACUGUGAUUUAUGUAUCUGAUGUUGCUGUUCCUGUGACUCAGAUUCCAUUUCCAGCAGUGACCCUUUGCUUUGAUCUGCUAAGUUAUGGGAAUGAGACCUUCUCUUUUUAUCACGAUGUAAAGGAAAGAUUGAAAACUAAAGAUAUGACUAUUGACGAUCUAUCUGAAGAUGUAUUAAAGAACCUGCAAGCCAUUGGCCUCCUCAUAUCUGACGAUUACUUACUGACCUACAACAUCUCAAGGAUCCCAACAAAUGACAUCACAGACCGCAUCAAUCAAUUCACAAUGUCAUUUCAAAAACUGUUUUUAAGAUCCACAUUCAGUGACUUCAUUGCGCCAUUAUUUGCUAAAAUUAUCGGACCAAAUGGAAUCUGUUACAACUUCAAUACAGUCGGUGCUAAUAAUUUAUAUAAAAACCUUGAAAAUGCACCGAGAAUAUUCCGAUUUAAACACAAUACUGGAUAUGCUUUAAAAAUUGAAAAAUAUCAACGUCCUUCAAUGCCAAUGGAGGACACAAACCUUACAAAUCCAAUAAGUUUGACAGAAGCCAGGUCCAAUUUUUUUAUUUACAUUUCAGAAUUAACAAAAGGAUUAAAAUCAUCCGUUGAAGAACUGACUCGAACUUAUGAAUACUUUAAUUUCCCAACGCCACGUGUUUACAUACAUAGUCCAUACGAGACUUACAACAAAGAUGCUAUUUCAUUUUACAACCAUCCGGAUAGUCGAAUGACAUUCAUUGUUGAACCUAAGCAGAUCCAAAUUGAUGAUAAUUUAAAGGACCAUGCGUCAGCAAUACGAGGCUGCUAUUUUGUUGCUGAUGGUGUCGAGUAUGACGAAGAUGAACGAGUUUUGAAGUAUUUCAAUAUUUACACAAAAGGGAACUGCAAGCAAGAAUGCCUCAUCAAUCGGACGUUAGAAGUUUGUGGAUGCGUUCAGUUCUUUAUGUUUCAUGAAGAAUCAACUCAAGUAUGUGGACUUCAUGACAUGGCAUGCUACAAACAAGUCGAAUCAGAGCUGGAUAGUUCGGAUUUAUGCAAAUGCUUUCCAUACUGUAAAGAAAUUGUUUAUGAUGUAAAAAGAAUCUUACCGGAUUAUAUAAAACCAAUCCCAAUUUACUUCUUGGACACACAUCUUGAACGCACAAGACCUCGAAAUCAUUUUCUUUUUACAAUAGUGAAGUUUAAUACAAUUUCAUAUUUUCCGUAUGUCCUUAAGCGUCAAUUUACUGAGAUUGACUUCAUUGCUUACACUGGCGGUGCAUUUGGAUUGUUUUUAGGCAUAUCCAUAACCUCAUUUAUUGAGAUCUUUUAUUACUUUACAAUGCGCCUGAUGUUUGGGUGGCUGGUAUCAAAAGGUUAUGGAAACAAAGUUGCAAAUGAACAAAUUGACACGAGAAAGUCAAAAUUAAGCUACUUGACUUAUUACUUUAGCAUUUCAACUAUUCAUGGAAUGAAUCAAAUUGUUAUGGACUAUAGACAUUAUGUUGAGAGAAUAUUUUGGGUCCUGGUUCUCGGUUUUUCACUUCUUUACUGUGGGAUCUCAUCUUAUGACAUGUACAUUAAGUUGCAAGAAGCAUCAAUUGCCAUCACCUACGACUCAGAUGAGAGUUCAGUCGAAACUAUUCCAUUCCCAGCAGUUUACUUUACACCUGAAGUAUUGAUUCCGACACAACUUGUUGAAUUUGAUUAUAGUUUGAAUUCAAAUAGUGAUAAUGUUAAUCAAAAACUUCUUAUCAUGAAGAAGACACAGGUUUUUGACACAUACGUCACAAACUCGUUCAUGUGCAACUAUCAAUAUUUUCUGACACAACUAAGGUAUUUUAGAGCAUCCAAAUUAUUCGAUGACUACAAAAUCUUAUACAGCAUGUAUAGGUUUAGUCAAUUUAGUUGGAUGACAAGGCAAUCUGGUGUUUGGGAUAAAAAGUAUCGAAUCGAAAUGACAGAGUUUAUUGGACGCAGUGGAUUUGGGUUUUCAUUCAACAUGCUCGAUCCGGUUAAGAUGUUUAACAACAGAACUUCAUUAAAUUUUACAAUAAUCCAUGAGACCAUCACUUUUGACAUCAAUGAAGAAUCAAAAAAUCUCCCAGUACUCUCCUACCACUCCUAUCCAUUGCAUGCAAAAAAGGAAACAUCUCUAAAGUUUACAUUUACUAAAAAUAGACGUGCACAAUACAAAAAUGUCUGUCAAUUUGCAUUCUUCAAUGUCUACUCACCGUUUGAGAUGCCACGGGACAUUGACGAUGAAAAUUCCAUUGACUUUUUUUAUGGACAAGACCUGGAAGUUCUGAUUACACCAGAAGUCAUCAAAUCUGACGAAAGCUUGAAGAAAUUCACACCUGAAAAACGAAAUUGCUACUUUGAAGGCGAAAAAACUCUAAAAAUGUUCAAAAUCUACACGAGAAAGAACUGCGAAAUGGAAUGUCUUGCUGAUUUCUAUUUGCAAACGAACGAAACUCAAUGUGUGCCUUACUAUGUCCUCAGAAACUUAACCAAUCCGAUAUGUUCAAUUGACAAAUAUUAUUAUGUCACAUUAAGGCUGUUCAAUUUUUAUCAAAAAGACAUUCGAUUCGCAAAUUCUAUAGCCUACGUCGACACAUGUGGAUGCCUUGAUACCUGCAAUGACAUUCAAUAUAAUAUUGAUGUUAUUGAAACGAAGUUGCCAGGUAAAAAUAAGGAUUUUGACAAUGCAACAAUGACAAUUACAUUCAGAUACAAAAAUGACAAAUUUUUGCCGCUCGUUCGUCGAAUUUCGUUCACAAUUGAAGAUUUUUUGUGUCAAGCUGGCGGACUUCUUGGACUUUAUGCGGGCAUUUCUGCACUUUCGGUUGUUGAGUUGCUCUUACUUGCGUAUGCAAUCGACGUCACCUGUAGCUACGCAACAUAUAAAUAUCACAUAGCAAAUGUCACAAAAGGAGAGUUUAUUGAAUGUAAUGUUGUAAGUUCAGUAACAGUCAAAGAACGUGGAGUUGAGAUCAACAAUGUUAAAGAUCAUUCAGAUGCAAAAAGAUCUGUGCCAGUUGAGGAAAUUCGAAAAUUUAAAGUUUCACAAGAAACUAUCAUGUUUUUACCGACAGGAAUCGACAAGAUAUUCCCAAAAUUAAACAACUUGAUGAUUUCGAAUUGUGAUUUGAAGGAAGUCACUCAAACUGAUUUAAAAGUUUUUCCUGAAUUGCUGUACUUAACUCUAGAUUACAAUGACAUUCAAGUCUUGGAAGUCGAUUUAUUCAAGUACAAUCCGAAAUUGUAUUGGAUUAAUUUUAGGAAGAAUGACAUCAACUUUAUUCAUCCAAAAAUUUUCGAUCAUUUGAGCAAUUUGAAUAUUUUUAAUCUUGACCUAAAUCGAUGUCUUAGUGACACAUACACAGCAGAAUCAUUACAUGAAUUAAAGAAGUCCAUUGUAGACUAUUGUCAGAAUGUUGAAAAGCCAGUUGAAAAAGCAAAAAUUAAAUCGACUGAAAUUAAAAGGAGCAAAUAUUUUUGGAUUUUAGUGAUUUGUGGAGUCAUUUCGGCUUUGUUUUUUACUUUUGCUGGUGUGGUUUUUGUUCGUAGUGCUGUAAAAGUUUAUAAAAAGUAA